CGAGGCACUCACUGAAAGUGACUUUGAUUGCAAAGCGUAUCCAAAAGCGACCUCCGCGGAACCGCCGCCGCACAGCGCCGGCGUGCAACCCUUCAGCUCUCCGGACAAAAAAAUCAAACAAACAAACAAACAAACAGACAAACCGGAGAAGAAAAAUUCGCUUGCUUGCGCUUCAGGAAGAAGAGCUGACGCGCAUCUUCCUCACCUGCGCGUCCAACUUUUUGGAUUCCCAGGCCCCGGGCGCCCCCACCCCUCCACCCCACACCCCAACCUGAGCGAGCCCCGCAGCCCUGGAUUCACUACUGCUGAUCAAUGGACACAACCUGCUCGGCGGCCAGCAGCGCUACACACACGCCGUGAACUCCUCUUUCUCUCUGGCUGGAGCUCCGCUGGGGGUCUGGAAGAGGAUGGAGAGAGGAGGGGAAAGUCCAGUCACACAGGACAGUCCUGAGCGGAGAGGCGGUAGUCCGGACCUCGCUAGCCUGCCACCGCCAGGGAAGAAGGGCCGAGUGGAGCUCAACGGCAGCCCCACGGGGCCCCGCCUACGGCAAAAUGGGGCUCCGCUCAGACCCCUUGGAGGUCUGAUGAUUCCCGUCUUCUGUGUGGUGGAGCAGACGGAUGGAGGGAUCCAGGCCGACGGAUGUGACGGAAGGGAGGAGCAUGCGGAGUUUGUUCUGGUGCGGAAGGACAUUCUCUUCUCCCAGCUGGUGGAGACGGCGCUGUUGGCCCUUGGCUACUCGCACAGCUCGGCUGCACAAGCGCACGGUGUCAUCAAGGUGGGGAGGUGGAACCCUUUACCAAUCCACUUCCUGACGGACGCUCCAGAAGCGACAGUGGCCGACAUGCUCAUGGAGGUCUACCACAUGGUCACUCUCCGUAUUCAACUACAAAGUUUUUCCAAGCUUGAGGACCUUCCCUGCGAGCAAUGGAACCACGCGACUGUGCGGAACGCUCUCAAGGAUCUCCUCAAGGAAAUGAAUCAGAGCACUUUGGCCAAAGAGUGUCCUCUGUCACAGAGUAUGAUCUCGUCCAUUGUGAACAGCUCCUACUAUGCCAACGUCUCCACUGCCAAAUGCCAAGAGUUUGGCCGCUGGUACAAGAAGUACAAGAAAAUCAAAGUGGAUUAUUUGGAGAAGAUGUGGUCAGGACGAGAGUCUGCUGACAUAAAAAUUGAACGAGACAACAUGGCAGACUUUUGCAUGCUAGGUCAGAGACCUCCUCCUCACUUGGCCGGCCUAGCGCAGCUCGGUCACCUGGGUGGCGGUGGCCCCCUCCUGAAGGUGGGAUCUGGAGAUCCGCAGGCACCUUCGCAGCCUCCCCAGCAGCCUCCACUCCCCCAGCAACAGCCUUCGCCGCAUGGCCCCCUUCACCACAGCCCCCCUCUCCACACGGGCCAGGUGCCCGCGCCGCCGCCACCCCACCCGCCUGGGGCCCUCCAGCCCCUGCUAGGCCCAGGUGGGCUGCUCUCGCCUCAACUCUCACCGCAGCUGGUGCGCCAGCAGCUCGCCAUGGCCCACCUCAUCAACCAGCAGAUAGCUGUGAGCCGGCUGCUGGCCCAUCAGCACCCGCAGGCUAUUAACCAGCAGUUCCUCAACCACCCGCCCAUCCCGCGAGGCUCCUCCAAGGUCGGCAGUGACCAUCCGGGAAGCAACCCCUCGGCCUCAGAAGUCUCCUCUGAAAUCUACCAGCAGGUUCGAGAUGAACUGAAAAGAGCCAGUGUCUCUCAGGCGGUGUUUGCCCGGGUGGCCUUCAACCGCACACAGGGUCUGCUGUCGGAGAUCCUGAGGAAGGAGGAAGACCCUCGCACGGCCUCGCAGUCACUGCUCGUCAACCUGAAAGCCAUGCAGACCUUCCUCAACCUGCCCGAGGGUGAGCGGGACCGCAUCUACCAGGAGGAGCGGGAGCGCACCAUGAACCCCACGGUGGGGCUUCCCGCUUCCAACUCGGCCAACCCCGGUGCGCCACGCCUCUCCCAGAAAGGGUGGGAGAGGAGCUUGGAUGAGCAGAUAACACCUGAUACCUGGGCCUCCAUUUGGAAGAACAAGAAUAAGAUAGCCAACUCACCAAAGCCAACAGGACCCGUGCCUGACCUACCAAUCAAGCUGGAAUCGCUAGUCAACAUCACAUCGGGGAUCUACGACGAAAUCCAGCAGGAGAUGAAGCGAGCCAAGGUUUCCCAAGCGCUCUUUGCCAAGGUGGCUGCCAACAAGAGUCAGGGAUGGCUGUGCGAACUGCUCCGCUGGAAAGAAAAUCCAAGCCCGGAGAACCGCACCUUAUGGGAGAACCUGUGCACCAUCCGCCGGUUCUUGGCGCUUCCGCAGACCGACAGGGACCUGGCAUAUGAGGAGGAGUCACGGCACCAUCACAGCGAGAGGCUACACACAGUCCUCCACCUGCCGCAGGACACACAGCUCUUUUGCCUUUCUCGGCAGGCGCUCCACAGACCACCCCCGCCCCAGAUAAAGGAGCACCGUUCAUCUCCUAUGCGAGAGGAGCUGUUAUCGGCUCCCAUUAACGAUGAGGGAGCGCAGACUGUCGUAACGAGUGCUGGAGGUGCACAGAGCACCACUAGUAGCGCUGGAAGCAGCAAAAAGACAAGAUUGCGUACAAAGAUCUCUCUGGAGGCAUUGGGCAUCCUGCAGAGCUUCAUCCAGGAUGUUGGCCUGUAUCCAGACCAAGAAGCCAUCCACACCUUAUCGGCACAGCUGGACCUGCCCAAACACACCAUCAUCAAGUUCUUCCAGAACCAACGCUACCACGUCAAGCAUCACGGCCGCCUCAAGGAGCUUAGCGAGGGGGCCACCGCCAGCGGAGGCGUGGAUGUCAGCGAAUAUCGGGAGGAGGAGCUACUCUCGGGUUCAGAGGACCCAGAGUCCAGUGAGGAUGGGACAGAGGAAAUCUACCAGUCAGAGGGGAGUGGUGGUGGGAGCACAGGAGGACUGAACCAGCCUCAAGCUUCCUCCAACUCUAGCCAAGGGUCUUCUGGGAACAACUUGACUCAGGAGGAGAGCAAGGACAAGGGUCAAUCCCGACCAGGUGGUCCUCUGGCUCUAGGAAGCUCGUCAUCUAGUCCCAGAGAGCAGCCUGACUACCAGAGGUAGAGAAGGCCAAACACAACAAAGAAACACCGAGGGAACUAUUGGAAUGGAAGGACAAAGAAACUCCAGCAAUGGAGUUCGGACUAAGUGUUUAGUUGAAGUAGGCACAGGAAUCAUAAACCACUGGCCAGAAACAUUUCAUUAUGACAAUCGUAGACUAACUUUUUACUUUGGCCCCUAGACACAAUUAGUGGGCUAUGUGUAAAUGUGAAACACCACGAUAGCUCAACUAAAGCUGCUCAUGUGAUCAAUUAAAGAGCACCUAGCAAAGGGUUGGAAGCGUAGGAUCAGCUUGAGCCAAAGACAGAUGUGUUUAUCUUUCUCUUGAGUCUGAACACCACGUCACCCUGAACCCUUUGAGUCGAGCACAUCUCAUGGACUUUGGAGACCUCGUAAACCUCAGGACGGACACUUGUGUUGCUAUUGCUGUUCUUUUCCUGAGAAGACCAACCAAACAUCCCGCAUAACCCUUGAGAAUCACUACCAAUCCUAUCUAGCACUUGACUUGACUUGACGAUUUUAUGGAUGUCUCGGUCCCCUUCUCUUGUCUCAUCCCCUAACCGACCCAGCUCCAUUCCCCCGCUCAAAUCUCAUCAAACUCUGAGCCUAAUAAAGAAACCACAAGAGGACACCAUCGACUGUUUUGUCAGGGAAACAAGGAGAAGAAGGUUGUGGCGCAAAGGGACAGUAAACUCCCCACCUUGAACCUUUCCCAGCAUCAUCCACAUGUGUGGCAAGAAGAAGCCCGAAACUUUUGGGGGAGGGACUUGUGCAGCCUAUCACUUUAAAAGUGGUAGUUUAUCCUUCCCAUUACACCCUAAUUUUUUCCAUCUUUAAUUAGUGCCCCUAGUCUCGUGUCUAACUCUGCCUCCCCCGCACUUGAGUCCCACCAACCUUAUUUAUUGCUAUCUAUGAUUAUUAUUAUCAUCAUUAUUGUUAUUGUAAUUGUUAUGAUGGUUAGAAUAUCUAAGUGCUAUUUCAAAUUGUUGAUGUUCCUGGCUUUAAACAAGGGCAGUUAUUUUGAUAAGACACACGGACGACUUUAAAAAGAAGCAGUUACUGAGUGAUAUUUGCUAGACAACAAAUCCCUGUCAUGUUGUGGUAUUUUGUUUGUUGCAGCAACAACGUCCAGAAAAUGAACUUUAAAAAGAAAAAAAAAACAAUUUGUGCUACACUUUGAUGCAGUUGAUGACAAUCUACUUUUUUGAGCCACAACAAACACGUGGCAAUUCUAUUUCUAUUCUGUAAUGUCUGUAAAUACCCAAAAUGGGAUAGAUUGUUAUCAGUGUAUGUUUGUUUUUCAUUAUUUUGGAGCGAUUUUUUUUGUUGCUGUUGUUGUGUGUUUGAGCCAGUUUGGGACAACAGGGGGGAGUUUUUCUUUUUGUUUUUGUGUCAACUCAGUGAAAUCAGUUGCAUUGUGCCAGCCAAAUCCAAUCUUUUUUGAAAGAGUAUUUAAGAAGUGAAAAGUGUCCGGUGUUUAAUGUCUGGUGCAGUUGUGUACACACACGUUCAAAACAUUCUAUGAGAAUAGAUCACUGACGACCUGGCUUCUACUUACCAGGUCAACACAAAUCCGAUAUUGGCGAGUUUUUCUGUAAAACAGGAAUC